AAGCUAAUGCUCAAAAUAGGAGGUUGACUCUUGAAGAUCUUGAAGAUUCUUGGGAUCGUGGAUUACCAAGAAUAAAUACUUUGUUUUCCAAAGACCGACAUACUCUAGCUUAUGACAAGGGAUGGCGUGUCAGAACAGACUUCAAGCAAUAUCAAGUAUUAAAGAAUAAUCCUUUCUGGUGGACACAUUCUAGACAUGAUGGAAAAUUGUGGUGUCUUAAUAAUUACCGAUCAGAUAUGAUUCAAGCUUUAGGAGGAGUAGAGGGAAUCUUAGAACAUACACUCUUUAAGGGAACGUACUUUGUUACAUGGGAAGGUCUGUUUUGGGAAAAAGCAUCAGGUUUUGAAGAGAGUAUGAGAUAUAAGAAAUUGACGAAUGCUCAGCGUUCUGGUCUAAACCAAAUCCCUAAUCGUCGAUUUACAUUAUGGUGGUCACCGACAAUUAAUCGAGCAAACGUAUAUGUUGGUUUUCAA